ACGACCCACGUGACCUCUGUUAAAGUUGAACAAAGAUGGCGGUGGUGGUGCGGAGCUUGCAGGACCAGCUGGAAAAAGCUAAAGAGAGUUUAAAACAUGUCGAUGAUAAUAUCCGAAAAUUGACCGGACGGGACCCCAAUGAAUCGAGGCCGGGUCUGCUGCGGCGGCUCAGCGGUCCCAUGGCGCCUGGCGUGGGCGGAGGUAGAGGCAGAGGCAUCAAUUUGCUCAGACGUGGUCUCUCUGAGAUGGGAAGCGGUGGCCCCCCUGCUAAACAGAGGGACAUAGAAGGUGCACUCUUGAGGCUGGCAGGGGACCAGAGGGCCAGGAGAGACCCACGUCACGACUCUGACGCCGAGGAUGACGAUGAUGUCAAAAAGCCGGCGUUGCAGUCGUCUGUUGUAGCUACCUCCAAGGAGAGAACACGCCGAGACCUGAUCCAAGACCAGACCAUGGAUGAGAAAGGCAAACAGAGGAAUCGGCGUAUGUUCGGCCUGCUGAUGGGAACGCUGCAGAAGUUCAAACAGGAGUCAAACGUCUCCUCAGAGAAGCAAAAACGUCGCUCUGAGAUUGAGCAGAAGCUGGAGGUUCAGGCAGAAGCUGAGAGAAAGAAGGUGGAGAACGAGAAGAGGGAGCUGUUUGAGGAGCGACGAGCCAAACAGACGGAGCUCCGACUGCUGGAACAGAAAGUUGAAUUAGCUCAACUGCAGGAGGAGUGGACGAGCCACAACAACCGCCUGAUCAAAUACCUUCGCACCAAAGCCAAACCUCACAUCUUCUACAUGCCUGGAAAAAUGUGCUCCGCCUCCCAGAAACUUCUUGACGACUCCACCAAGAAGCUGAAUGCUGUAUUUGAGGAGAGGCGAAACGCUUUCGCCGAACACCUCAACAAGAUGGAGUCCCGUCCCCGGAGACAACCAAACCGUGAUCCAGACGGCGGCACAGCAACGAUGAGGAUGGACAACCCGACGGAGGGUAAGCCCACAGGCCAGAUAGUCAAAGUGCCAGGUAACAGGGGUGACAUAGACAUAGAGGAGGAGGAGGAAGAAGAGGAGGAAGAGGAGAGGGGAAAAGAGGUUGAAGGGAAGGUGGGGGAGAAGGUGGUGGAAGAGGGGGAGGAAGUAAUGGAGUGUGGUGAGAAGCAACCAGCAGAAGAGAAGGAAAAGGAGGAAAGUCCACAGUCAGAGGAGGUGGAGAUGGAGGGAGUAGAGCAGGGGGGAGGAGUUGGAGGAGAGCUAGAGGAAGGCGUUAGAGGAAAGCUGGAUGGAGAGCAGGGAGGAGGAGGAGUUACAGGAGAGCAGGGAGGAGGAGAAGUUACAGGAGAGCAGGGGGGAGGAGGCAUUACAGGAGAGGAGGAACACACCGAUGGUAUGGCAAAUGAAAAGACCCCAGACGUCCAGCCAUCAGAACCAGCCGUGCCCGUCCAGGAACCUGUAGAACCCUGUGCAGAGCCUGAGCCUGCCCCCAUCAUCAAGGUGCAAACAGAGAAGUCCCCCAAGACACAAGAGGGUGCUCCAGUCUCCCAGCAAGUAUCCUGUGAGCCUGUGCAGGAUUUGAUUUCCCCCAGCAUCGAAAAUCAAAAAGCAGAUGGAGCACCAGGUCCUGAAGUGCCACAAAAACACGACUUCAUUGAAGAUCUGCCGUCUGUUCCAGCAAAGAUGAGAGAUGAGGAGGAGGAAGGUGGGAGAGGGAGGAAGAAGGAGAGAGAGCAGAGGAAGUCUCGCAGUCGGAGUAACAGCUCGUCGUCUUCCUCCUCUGGCUCCUCGUCUAGUGGGAGUUCCUCCUCUUCCUCUGGAUCCAGCGGCUCUUCCUCGUCAUCUUCCUCCUCCUCCUCAUCCAGCAGCCGAAGCCGCAGCAGAGAGGGCAGCAAACGCAAGAGGAGGCCAUCGGAUCGCGGUAGUGACCGAAAGAAGGGGGAGCGGAGUCGUCGCAGGAGAGGGAGCAGUGGCGGAGGAGGAAGGGACGCGAAGGAGAGGAGGAAGAGAGGUGAGGAAGGCCGGGGCAGGUCAUCCCGGAUUGAGAGGGAUCACAAAGACCGGAAGGACAAGAGACGCUAAAUCCAAGCAAACGGAAGUUUCCCUUCACACAUUUUCCACAUUGUCCUGACUUGUGGUUUUUAAGGUAGAAAUUUAAGAAAUAAAAACAGCAUCCUU